CCUCAACAAGGGAUGCGUCUGUCUCGAAGGAUGUCCAUCAUCAGGAUGCCGUCCAAAGGCUGGAAAGCGGUUGCGCUGACUUUCGCCGCGGCUGUCUUGGCUGUCGUCAGCGUCUUCUCGUCGCUGCGCCCUCUGUGGGCGUCCCCGCCGGUCCGCCGUGAGCCGCAGCGGGACGUGUUCUUCCUGAAGACGCACAAGACCGCCGGCUCGUCCGUGCUCAACCUGCUGCUGCGAAGAGCCGAGAGCGAGGGCCUCAACCUGGCGCUUCCCAGGGACGUGGAAAAACACAUUAUGGGCUACCCGCAGACCUUCUCGCCGCACCAGCACCUGCUGAACUACUCACAGUGCGGGCUACGACCGAAUCUCAUGGCGCUGCACAUGCGAUACAACGAGACCGGAGUCAAGGAGGUGAUGCCCCCGAACACCGUGUACGUAACGAUAAUGCGGCGGCCAACCGACCUGUUCGCGUCGCUCUACUACUACUUCAUGUUCGACAACAUUUACGACGCCAGCCUGACCGCCUUCCUCAGGGAGCCCUUCUUCGUACAGACGGUCCGCAACGCCCGGCUGCACGAAUCUCUGGGCUUCAACCAGAUGGCUUUCGACCUCGGCGUCGACGGUGACGACAUGGUAGCCCGCGGUAGCGACGACGAGGUGUCCCGGUUCGUGCAGUCCGUGGACCGAGGCUUCCACCUCGUCAUGAUCGCCGAGCGUUUCACCGAGUCGUUGGUGCUGCUGCGCGAACUGCUCGGUUGGCAGCUGGACGAUAUGGUCACCUUCAAGCACAACGUGCGCGUCCGCCGCUACCCGCCACCUGCCGAGGACGCCGUCAGGAUCUUGGAGACGGCGAACCGCGUGGACGAAGCGCUGUACCGGCACUUCGCGGCCAAGCUGGACCGCCAGGUGGAGGCGUUCGGCCGCGGCCGCAUGGAGGCCGAGGCGGCCGCGCUGGAGAGCCGCACCGCCUUCUGGUACCAGCGGUGCGUCGCCUCGACCAGGUUUCGUCAGGGGGAAGCCGUGUUCGAGUACUCGGCGCGCGAGAACGUCUCGGAGGGCGAGCGACGCAUGUGCGAGCUCCUCACCACGCCCGAGCAGGCGUUCGUCAAGAGGGCCCGCGCGCGACUGUUCGCGCUCUGCCCGCAGGCGGCGCCGCCGGCGACGACGACGACGCCAGAUCGCGGGCCGAGGUGACCGGCAAUACAACACUAUCGACUUCAAACGAAACCUUGCCGAGCAUCUUUUCUUUCUUCCCCUAUCUUUUC